AUGGCUGACGAAUCUGCUGCCAGCUUCCUCAAGGCAAUUGAGAAUCUCAUCGAGCGGAAACUCGCCGAGAAAUCACCUGACGCACCACGUGCUGCCGCAUGCUCGACUCCCGCACCUGAAGUCGAGGCUCUAGCUCGUGCCAUCACGCCAUUUACGCACUCACCGGACCAGAAUCUGACCUUCGAGACAUGGUUCAGCCGCUACAAGUCGACAUUCCUGGAAGACGGGAAGAAUCUGGAUGAAGCGGCGCGAGUCAGACUUCUGCUACGGCGAUUGGACGGUGCAGCGUAUGCUCGAUACGCUAACCUUCUCCGGCCUCGAGAUCCCGCCGAGAUCUCGUUUGAAGAGAAUGUCCGGAGACUUUCUCGACUCUUCGGGAAAGGCGAAUCGCUCUUCAGCAUGCGGAGAAAGUGCCUCCAAUACACCAUGGACGAGGCUGAUGAUUGGGGCAACCACGGUGGCCUCAUCAACAGUCUAUGCGAGGACUUCCAAAUCAGUGCCUGCACUCCGGACCAAUUCAAGGCUCUCAUGUUCUGCAUCAGCAUCCGGAGUGACCGCCACAUCUCCGUACGCGAGCAAUUGCUGGCGAAAUUGGAGACGGACUCAGAGAAGAUCAACGUCGACUUCCUCAUCGACGAGGCCCGUCGCUUAUCCAACGUGAAGAAGGAUGCUCGUCUCGAUAUCGUCCCGGCCGCGUCUGUGAGUGUCGUGAGUGUGAAGAAGAACCAUGCGAAUCAUGGUAAGAGGGAUCAUCCUCCGCGGCCCUGCUUCCUGUGCGGUGCUAUGCAUUUCGUGAGGGACUGCAAUCACCGUGAGACGAAGUGCCAGGAUUGUGGCCAAAUUGGCCACAAGACGGGGUACUGCCCACCUGCUCAGUCUUCCUCCGGGAAGCCCAAGGCACAGCGCGGAAGGAAGAACAUCGCCAAGAAGAGGAAGAAUCAGCAAGCCCGCGCUAACGCCAUACACGCAGAACGGUAUCGUGGUCGACGAUACCUCACUCCUGUGGUCAACGGUCAGCCGCUCUUGUUCCAGCUCGACAGCGCUGCCGAUGUCUCUGUCAUGACCAGAGACGCCUGGGAGAAGAUUGGCAAGCCGGCGCUUCAAGAAGCCUCACUCACUGUCCGCGAUGCUCAGGCCAAUCGCAUCCAGGUGCUUGGACAGUUUGAGGCUACUAUCCGAUUCCACGGCAAAGAGAUCCAGCGGCGAUGCCUCGUAUCGCCCAGCGCUCACGAUAAUCUCUUUGGGAUUGAAUGGAUGGAUGCUUUUGGGCUCUGGGAUGUCGCGCCUAGUGCCUAUUGCAACGCAAUUCACCGGGACUUCGACAGCAAGGCGGCUAUUCGGGAACUCCAGACGUCAUUCCCGAUCGUCUUCAGUCCACAGAUGGGCCUGUGCACGAAAGCCACAGCAACGAUUCAUCUGAAGGCCAACGUCAUCCCAGUGUUCCGCCCAAAGCGUCCAGUGGCGUUCCACAUGACAUCAGUCAUCGAUGAAGAGCUCCAGCGCCUCCAAGCCUCGGGGAUUAUAUCCCCCACGGAGUUCUCUUCCUGGGCAGCGCCUAUCGUGGUGGCUCGGAAGUCCAAUGGGAGUAUUCGGAUUUGUGCAGAUUACUCUACUGGGCUGAAUGAGUCAGUCGAGGCCAACAGUCAUCCGAUUCCUGAUCCGGAUAGCCUGUUCGCUCAGCUAUCUGAGAAAUGCGUCUUCAGUCACGUGGAUUUAUCGGACGCAUAUCUGCAGAUACCUGUUGAUGAGGAGUCCCGAAAACUCCUGACCAUCAACACACCACGAGGCCUCUUCCACUUCAACCGUCUUCCACCUGGCAUUCGCAGUGCGCCUGGAAUCUUCCAAAGCAUCGUUGAGAAAAUGCUGCACGGCAUCCCUGAUGUCAUCUCAUACUUCGACGAUAUUUGCAUUGCCAGCGCGAGCCCAGAGGAACACAUCGCCACACUCAAAGCUGUCUUCGAGAGGCUGAGGGAGUACAACUUCCGCGUGAAACUUGAGAAAUGUAAGUUCUUCGCAUCUUCUAUCAAGUUUCUUGGAAUCAUUGCAGAUAAGGAUGGUCUCAGACCUGAUCCCGGCAAUACGGAAGCCAUACGCCGUAUGCCACCCCCAAAGAAUAUCCAACAGCUUCGCAGCUAUUUGGGGGCUCUGCAAUUUUGGGGGAAGUUUAUUCAGUCCAUGAGCGAUCUGCGCAUACCCAUGGAUCAGUUGCUGAAACAGGGAGCGCGUUGGAAAUGGACGCGAGAGUGCCAGCGAUCCUUCGAGAAAUUCAAGGAGAUUCUCGGAUCGCAGCUCCUCCUCAUGCACUACAACCCCCGGCUCCCUAUCUACGUCGCCUCCGAUGCCUCGUCCUAUGCGAUCGGUUGCGUGGCAUAUCAUCAACUGCAGGACGGCUCACUAAAGGCCUUCUAUCACGCAUCACGACGCCUCACGGACACUGAGACGAGGUACAGCCAAAUUGAGAAGGAAGGACUCGGAAUUAUCUUCGCCGUCAAGAAGUUACAUCGCUUCAUUUACGGGCGCCGAUUCACCCUUUUGACUGACCACAAGCCGCUGGUCUCAAUCUUCGGAAGUCAGAAGGGCAUUCCAGUCCACACGGCCAACAGACUGCAGAGAUGGGCUCUAAUCCUGAUGGGGUAUGACUUUGAGAUAAAGUUCACCUCCACGGAUUCAUUUGGACACGCCGACGUGCUCUCGAGGCUGAUAUCUGAGCAACCGCCACAGGAUGAAGAAGUCAUCAUUGCACAGAUCAGCCUGGAUGAACAUCUUGACGACAUCGCAUUCCAAGAUGUCGCCCAACAUCUUCCGGUGACCCUGAAGAUGAUCAGGAAGGCGAUUGAGACAUCCUCCACGUUGCAGGAAGUCAUAAAAUUCAUCAGAGACGGCUGGCCACCCUCUGCAGCCCACAUAAAGUCCAGGGAAGUGUCUAAAUUGUGGAAGAUACGCGAUGCUCUCUCCCUAAUUCGAGGUGUUGUCUUUUACAGGGAACGGCUGGUGGUGCCGGAGAAGUAUCGCGCCAAGAUCCUCGAACAACUCCACGAGGCACAUCCUGGAAUGAGUCGCAUGAAGUCCUUUGCCCGUGGCUACGUAUACUGGCCCAGCAUCGAUGCGGACAUCGAAGCCAAAGUUCGAGGAUGCACAAAUUGCGCCACCACAGCCAAAUCCCCUGUAAAGACACACCUCGCAUCGUGGCCGCUCUCAUCGCGGCCCUGGCAGCGCAUACACAUCGACUAUGCGAAGCACAAAAACGAGAACUACCUUCUGGUAAUCGACUCCUUCUCAAAGUGGCCAGAAGUGUUCAAGGUCUCGUCCACAACCACGGCCAUGACAACAUCCAAGCUCCGGGAAGUCUUUGCUCGUCACGGCAACGCAGAAACAAUUGUUAGUGACAACGGCACACCCUUCAUCAGCGCGGAAUUCAAGAAGUUCUGCGAUAGCCGAGGCAUUAAACACCUGACGACAGCACCUUAUUCACCUGCCAGCAAUGGCCAGUGUGAACGUCUUGUGGAUACUCUGAAGAGGUCUUUGGAGAAACAAUGCGCUAUACCGGUUGAUGAGGCCUUGCUGAGAUUCCUGGCGAGUUAUCGGUUCACGCCUAACGAAAACUGCCCCGAAGGAAAGUCUCCGGCGGAGAUAAUCUACUCUCGAAAGGCCAGGACAGUUUUUGAUCUGCUCAAGGAACAGCCCGAUGACCCAAUAACACGCAAUGAGAGCAUGGAGCAGGCCUACAAUAGACGAUUCGGAACAAAGAAUCGCCAAUUUCGCAAGGGGGAGGAGAUUUAUGUGAAGCGAUAUGCUCAAGGCGGCGUGCAAUUCACUUGGACGCCUGGAAACAUCAUCGAGCCGAGAGGAUCGGUGAUGUACAAUCUGCGCCUGAACAACGGCCUCAUUAUCCGCGCACACGCCAACCAAUUGCGCCACCGCUGCUCUUCUGAUGGGCAUCCACCAUCAUCAACGCUGUCGCUACCCUCAGCACCUGAUGGGCCGAGCAUCGCUCCAGAUGAACCUCUUCCGGGACCAUCACGACAUCCGACUCCUGCUGAUGAUCCACUCGAAACACCCACAUCGAGUGAGACACCAUUUUCGACGCCAGCUGAGACUUCAGACGGCACAGCGGAUGAAACUCCCACUACCCCUUCUCGCUCUAGUGGAAGUAUCAUUGAGAUCUCCGAUGACGUAACCAGUGGGAUAACAGACACGGAAUCUCCCCAGCGUCCGCUUCCCGGAACGCCGGUUUACCGCCGCCACCGUCGCAGCCGACAAGAGGUUAAUCCCGUGCGUCUUAGCAGCCGUUUCGACGAGGCACCCGCCGAUUCCUGA